AUGACUGAGUCAGGCUCGGGAUGGAGGAUUUUCCGUUCCGCAGACUGGACUUCAAGGCUGAACCUCCGGCUUGAACUCCCAAAGUCGUUACAACAACCACAUUGCCUCGACGCUCUCGGGGCUACAGAUAUGCACGACCGGAUCGAGGUCCUUCCCAUCAAGCCUUUCUGGCCUGUGCUAUUCACCUUCGUCCUGCCCCGUGCAAUCAACUAUUACAGGGUGAUCAAGACCGCCAUCCGAACGCGGCCACCGCCACGCCCGCUGCCCGCCGAAACAGGGCGAGGCCUCAACGCGCUAUUCGUCUCAAUCUGUGUCUUUCUGUACUUGUCACUACCGUCCUUUUUGGUGAGAAGCGAUCUCACGGAUCACAAUGUGUUCCAAAUCACGCAGUCGCGUCUGUCGACGGCAACGGACACGCUAUUCGCGCGGCUGGCACUGUUGCGCGAGGAUGGCAUCCUGACGGCCACCGACGAGGCUUUGCGCGCAAAGUUGGGCUCUCAAGCUCUCCGACAAAUCUAUCUUCGCUUCGGGCCAUCCACUCUCCUCAACUGCACAUUCUGCACCGCCGACGACGCCUUCUCCUUCCUCUUAUACCACCUACCAAUCAAUAUAAUAUUACCACACCUCUUCCACAUUCUAUGCAUUGGCCUCGCGACAUCCGAGCCCGUCGCCGGCUUCGAAGCCAGUCGCUGGCGAUCACGGGCUCUACUGGGCGCCACCAUCCUAGCCAGCAUUGACAUCGGCUUGACCAGCACCUACACCGGCCCAUCACUACACACAAAUCCACGAACACAUACACAGACACCGCCCUUGGGAAUCUUCUGGAUCGCCUCGACACUACGAUAUCUGGUUCUCUCUCUAUUCGAUGCCGCGUUGGCCUUUUUCAUCUACGCCUCUGCCAUAUACCGAUUCUUGCUGUUCAGCAACAACGAUUCAACGGACCCGGAAGUCGCCCGCCGGCGAACGGAGGAAUUGCUCGCCAAAACCAAUCUCGCACUGCAAAUGUCUCAAACGAAUCUGCGCGCUUACUCGGUCGCGAGGAACACUGUCGUGCGGAAACCGGACUUGAAAGCCGCUGAGGACGAGUACUGGCGUAGAGUGGUGGAUGUGGAAAGCCUUGACGAUGAGAGUCUGUUGGAUGAUGAGGAGGUCCAGGCUGCGGUGUCGAGAGCGUAUGGCUCGGGUGCUGUGGAUGUUGCUGCUAUGAGGAGGGAGGCUGAGAUGUUUGUUAAGCAUGCUACUAAAAUCUUGGAUUAG